AUGUUUCAUCCUGCGACUUUAUAUGAUGCUUUCUCUUUAGAUAGAUUACAAGAGCAGAAAGUUCAACUUGCAUCUACUGCUUCUAAACCGUUUACCAGAUCAUUCAAUACAUCUUUUCAGACCAAUAGACCCUACUCUUCACCAAAUUUUCCUCCUAAACCAAUACUUACAUCACCUAAAUAUGCACCAAUCACACCUGAAUCCUUUUCUACUUCUCAAUCCAAAUCCAAUUCUGUAAUCCUUACAAUCAAAAGACUAACCCCUGAGGAAAUGCAGAAGAGAAGAGAUCAAGGUUUAUGCUACAACUGUGAUGCAAUUUAUAAGCCAGGGCACUUUUGCAAAGGUAAACAGAAAAUAUUCAUCCUUAAAAUGGACAAUUCUGAGUCACAAGAUACUGAGGAAGAGGAGGCAGUCUUCGAAGAAGAUGUUGAAUCUCCAAUUAACUCUGACAUUGAGAUAUCACUCCUUGCUCUCACUGGUACUGUUACAGGUGAAACCAUUAGAAUCCCUGGUGUUCUCAAUAAGCAUAAGGUUUCAAUUUUGAUUGACUAUGGUAGCACCACUAGCUUCAUUGAUAGCAGUUUAGCUUCUACUCUCAACUGCAAUAUAACUCCAACUGCUUCAAUGUUGGUAACUGUUGCAAAUGGUGACAAAACAUGUAGUACUGGAAUUUGUUCUAAACUGCAAUGGAGCAUGCAAGGCCACAAGUUUGUGGAGGAUAUGCAAGUCUUACCAUUGGGAGGUUGCGAUAUUGUGUUGGGAGCAUAUUGGCUCAAGACAUUAGGUGAUCUGCUUUUUAACUUCUCUAAACUCAGCGUUUCUUUUAAGUAUCAUAAUAAGAAGAUCACCUUACAUGGCCUAACACCCAAAAAUUCUUUAUUGAUGAUGAGUGGGGAAGGUGUCAAGAAAUUUUUCUCAAAAACUUCACAUGGAAUUGUGGGCCAUUUAUUCUCUAUUUCUACCCCAACUACACAACCAAUCACUCUACCAGAGCUUCUUCCUAUUCUAGAUGAAUAUCAGGACAUCUUUCAAGAACCUAAUCAAUUGCCUCCCAAAAGAUCAUUAGACCACUCAAUUCCUCUCCAGACUAAUGUUGCCCCUGUAAAUAAGAGAGCCUAUAAAUGUCCUUACAUCCAAAAAGGGGUAGUUGAAAAACUUGUACAAUACAUGCUCAACUCUGGCAUUAUCCAACCUAAUCAUAGUCCAUUUUCUUCCCCAAUCUUGCUUGUUAAGAAGAAGGAUAAUUCUUGGAGAUUUUGUGUGCAUUACAGGAAGCUCAACCACAUUACCAUUAAAGAUAAAUUUCAUAUUACUAUAAUUGACGAGCUUCUAGAUGAAUUAAAGGGUGUUAUAUUCUUCACUAAGAUAGGUUUGAGGGAUGGGUACCAUCAGAUUAGAGUGAUUGAUGCUGAUAUCUUCAAGAAUGCUUUCAGAACACAUCAUGGGCACUAUGAGUUUAAGGUCAUGCCAUUUGGCCUGACAAAUACACCUGCAACUUUCCAAGCUCUAAUGAAUGAUAUUUUCAAACCAGUUUUGAGAAAAUUUGUCUUGGUCUUCUUUGAUGACAUCUUGAUUUAUAGUCCAAGCUUAGAAGCGCAUAUGGAGAACCUAAAAUAUGUUUUUUCCUUACUCAGACAACAUCAGCUUUUUUCUAACUUCUACAAGUGUUGCUUUGGUCAAUCUUCCUUGGAAUACUUGGCCAUAUAA